AGUUUCACAUAUUUUCAGUUUAUUUGUUUUAAAAAAAUCACAGUAAAGCUAUAGUGUAAGGCCUAUUACGAAACGUAGGCUACGCAAUGCGAUAGCUAGUCGAGUCAGUGAGAGUUGUGUAACAGGGCGUGUCAAGUAAUAAACUUAUGGGGAGUAAAGUGUAAAUGACAGUUCAGUCUCUGUGUCAGUACGGUGGUAAGAGGACUCCUGAAAGCUAAAAUAACGUGUACAACACAUCGGUCCGACAAUGGAGGCACUGGCAGCAGCAAACGCAAACUUCUCUCUUGAACUUUUCAAGAAGAUCACGGAGAUCACGAAGGCCAAGAACACCGGCAAUGUGUUCUACUCACCACUCAGCAUCUCUUCUGCGUUGGCCAUGGUCUCUCUCGGAGCCAAGGGAAAUACUGAAGUCCAAAUGCAUGAGACCCUGAACCUUAACAAAGUUGAGGGUGAUGUCCAUGUUGCCUUCAACAAGCUCUUCGCUGAACUCAACAAAGACGGAGCCCCAUAUGCACUGAUUCUGGCCAAUCGCCUGUAUGGAGAAAAGACCUACAAGUUUGUUGAGAAAUUCCUUGCUGACACUAAGACACUCUACCUUGCCGAGUUGGAGGAGGUUGACUUCAUCUCAAAUGCAGAGGCGGCCCGAGUAAAAAUCAACAAAUGGGUGGAGAAAAAGACACGAGAGACAAUCAAGGAUCUGUUGGCUAAAGGGAUUUUGGAUACUGAUACAAGACUUGUGCUGGUAAACGCCACCUACUUCAAAGGCGACUGGGACAUGAAGUUCAACAGUGUCCAGACCACUGAAGUACCAUUUAAGAUCAACAAGAAUGAAAGUAAGCCUGUGCAAAUGAUGCAUCAGUCAACUUUGUUCACCUUAACCUACGUCCCCGAUGCCAACUGCCAGAUUCUGGAACUCCCCUAUGAGGGUAAAGACAUGAGCAUGCUCAUUAUGCUCCCAAACAACAUGGAGGACAACACCACUGGACUGGAGAAGCUGGAGCAGAUGCUCACGUAUGACAAACUUGUGGAGUGGACCAGGCCUGACAUGAUGCACACCGUGUGGGUCGAGGUGGGUCUCCCCAGGUUCAAGCUGGAAGAGACCUAUGAUCUCGAGGAGAUCCUGGUCAGCAUGGGCAUGGUGGAUGCCUUUAGCCCCCAGUGUGACUUCUCCGGCAUGUCCUGCGACAAUCUGGUUCUGUCCAAGGUCGUGCACAAGUCCUUUGUGGAAGUGAACGAGGAGGGCACUGUGGCAGGCGCAGCUACAGCUUCCCUCGUGAAUGUGGGCUGUGGCCUGGAUUCCCCAGAGAGGUUCAUGGCGGACCACCCCUUCCUCUUCUUCAUCCGACACAACCCCACACAGAGCAUCCUUUUCUAUGGCCGCUACAGCUCCCCUUAAGCUGAGGCUAGAGUGGUAAAGAAGUCUACAUAGAAAGAUGUCUCAGGAAUGUCUGAAGAGAUCCUGUGUCUGACUAGCUACCUGUAACCUAAAGUCUUACUAUAAAAUAGUCUUAUACUGGAUGCUUUAAGAAUGUUACUCUACCUAACUGUAUGAACCUGGGAGAGGCAGUUGUAACACGAGCACUUCUUGCAGCCAAAGACUGAUCCCUGAUCUCAGGCGCGCGCCCACCCGCAAAGCAGACAGUGCUGCCGCUGUUUUUUUUUUUUACAUUCGAAUAUUAAUUUUCACAUUCGAAAUUCUAUUUUUAACAACUAUUCGAAUACAUAUUCGAAUUUAGAAUAUUCGUUGACAGCCCUAGUGGUUAUUGACUUGUUAUACCAUGUCACAUGUCAAAUAAAUCUACUCGAAAUAUAA